AUGCUUGAGCCACUAUUUACGCCUGGUGCAGUCAAGGGGUUUAUAAUUCGCCAUUUAAGAUGGUGGGCAAGAAACUCAAAUGAUAUCUUUCACACUGACGGAACUCUGAAUCUCGGGUGGAUGUACCCACAAAUGUAUCUUACAGAGUCUUAUAACUCUCCCCAGUCUGUUUACUGGGCUCUCAAGUCUCUCAUAUGUGUUGGACUUGCACAGAAUAGUGCCUUCUGGACAAAACCAGAAGCUCCAUAUCCAGAGGCACUUCGUGAAGGUGCUCUUCACGUACUUCCAGCGCCCCGUCAAAUUCUCUGCAACCACCCCGAUGUCAACCAUCAUUUCAUGCUCUCCUUUGCCCAAUUUAUUACUUUGCCGUUCAAGGCUGUUGUUCCAAAGUAUAGCAAGUUUGCUUAUUCAUCCUCAUUUGGAUUUUCAGUUUCUGUGGGGGGUCAUGGACUUGCUCAAGUGGUGCCGGAUAAUACACUUGCUUUGAGUCGUGACGGUAUGGAAACUUGGGCUGUUAAGUACAAAUGUGCUAAGCCAGAGUUUAAGACUGCGAUGGUUCAUGGUACUGCUACUCAACAAGUCCCUGCAGCAACGGUGCAGUGGUACCCUUGGUUUGACCGCGCAGUAUCUGUCUCAACUACAAUCAUCCCGCCCACAAAUCGGUGGCCAGAUUGGCACAUCAGAGUCCACCAUAUCACGAGCAAUCGUGGAUUUGGCAAGGUAUUCACGGCAGAAGGUGGAUUUGCUAUUAAAGGCCGCCAAAAAGAAGAUACGCUGGACUUACAUCAUUGUACUUCUACCACUCCUGAUCUCGACCAGGAUGUCGGGAUUUUGGAAGGAGUCUUCGAAACUGAGGAUUCAAUUCUAAUACUAAGCGAACAAGGAGCGUCUGGUAUCGUUACUAGCACCUUGACUUCCGCUCACAGACAGACGACUGUCAGCCUGCUAAAACCUGAACCAAGCACCAAUCUGAUGGAACAACGUACUCUAAUCCCGAUUGCUGAGCAUGUAAUCAACAAAAUUAAUACCGGCAUAGAUAUUGUAUUGGUCUCUAAGGUGUUUGCCAUCUCCCGGCAUGCCAAUGGCGGAUGGCAAUGGAGGGGUAAAAGUCUUCAGGAGAAGUGGCUAGGCAAGCCUGAGAUUCAUGUGGGGGACGCAGUAACCGGUCAAGAUUAUAUCAAAGUGUCUUUUUGA